AUGGACUCCUUGAAAGGAAAAGUUAUCGCCGUUACGGGCGUAAGAGGCAUCGGCCUAGCUGUCGCGCGCCAACUGCACGCCCAGGGCGCCCUCCUCUCCCUCGCCGAUAUCUCCGCAGAGUGUCUCACCAACGCCGUUUCCGAAAUCACAGGCAGCAGCGAAGAUUCCACAAUCAUGACAACAGUGGUGGAUGUCAGCUCUUCUUCCUCGGUGAACGGCUGGAUCAGCGCAACAGUCUCGCGGUUCGGCCGGCUCGACGGCGCGGCCAACAUGGCCGGCGUAAUUGGCAAGCAGCACGGUGUGGGAAAGCUCACCGAGCUGGAAGACGACGAGUGGGAUAAGUUGAUACGCGUGAAUCUGUCGGGGAUGAUGUACUGUCUACGAGCGGAGCUGCGGGCGAUUGCCGACUCCGCGCCUGGCGGUAAGGGGAGUAUCGUGAAUGCGUCCAGCAUUCAGGGCAUGCGAGGGUUUCCAUUGCAUGCGGCGUACGCGGCGACGAAGCAUGGGGUUGUUGGACUCACGAGGUCGGUUGCUAAAGAGGUUGGGCCUGGGAUUCGGGUUAACGCUGUCGCACCAGGCGCGAUUCAAACACCUCUUUUGGAUCAAGCGACUGGGAUUCAGGGCAAGGUUACUGAUACGCCCACCGCCAUUCCGCGCCUCGGUACCCCCGAGGAGAUCGCGCAGACCGUGCUGUUUCUGCUCAGUGAUGCUUCAUCAUACACUACAGGAGCAGUGUAUAAUGUCGACGGCGGAUGGGAUCCGUGA